AUGGCUCAGCGUCAGCUUUCGCGAACGCUUCCUAAGAACUUUACCUUCCCGUCUCUCAGUACUGAUGAGCCCAAGACGCCGGAACGGGAGACCGCUCAGAUCGAAGUCCCGCCACCACCACGCCAUUCUUUCUCCAGUUGCCGUUUGCCUCGCGUGCGCGUCCGCUCCGGCACUGACGUCUGCGAGCGGAUCAACUUGGACCUCUUUCGAUUCCAAGGUUCGCACGCUUCUCAGGAUGUCCCCGUGCCGUCUAUCGAGUACCCGCAGGGAAAUUCGCCCUCGCACGCGACUUACUCCGAAGAUCUCGCCAAUGACGAUCGCUACCUUGCACCUCCUCGCCAGCGAUUGCUCUUUAAGACUCCCCCGGCCCAGAUUCGCGGUACGCCGUUCGAUGGCAACGAGUCAGAGCAGAUGUGGCCUUCCUGGGAUGAGACUCCGGGCUUGGCACGUGAUAUCAGACGCCCUGGGACUGCGUGCUCGGAUUCUUCUUGCGAGUCUGUCGAGACUUUCGCCUCGCGCCCCUCUGUAGGAGGAAGCUGCACGAGCGUGGAGAGCGACGCCUUCGACAACCACUUCCCACUGGAGUUCUCCAAGGAGCCCGGAGCGGAGUCUCCCACCCUUCCCGAGGGACAGCAUGUACAGCGAUCCCAUGUCAAGGACAGAAUUUGGACUCGCGAGAUGGACAAUCAUCUUUGGAAUACAUAUCAAAUGUACCUACAGGACCCGACCAUAACUCCGUUCAAGAGAACCCCCGGCAGUAUCCCGCCCUUGGGCGUCACGGCAAGAGUCGCGCGCCGUGCGAAGCGCACCUGGGAUAACAAGCGCCUGUCCUUCACGCAGCCAUCCCCGACCCAAUCGAAUGAUCGAAGCGGUAGCUCCACGCCCCGGGUGCGGGAAUCCUCCGUGCAACCCGCAUGGCCUCGGUCGGAUGCAAAGACCCGUUGCCGACUCAAGCAUUUGUGCCGCCGCAAGUUCUCCAUUUCGCCUUACUAUCAGCGGAUUAUGCAGUCCCGCAGCCCGGAGCCCGUGGCCGACACCCUUGGUGUUCCCUCGGAGCCACGUGUUCGUGACUUUGCCGCCAACACGAAUGCGUAUGCCACCCGUGACUUGGGCGUUUCCCUUGUCUCGACCAGUCACUCGAACGUUUUGGCUCAGCUCGCCGAGCAGCCGGUACCCGGAGAUCGAUCGGAGUGGUUCAACAACGACAUUGUGCCUAGCGUUUCGCAUGCUCCUCAGCCAGUGCCUCAACCUCCCAGCCUGCACUAUCAAUUCCCUGCUGUUGACCCCCACAACGUGCCCCCUCGCUUGGGAUCGCCUUUCGUGUACAGUACAUGGGGACCGGGAGGUUCCCGCCGUCACGCCACAAGUGUCCCCCAGUCAGCCCGACGGGAGACGAUCCAUGUUCCUAACCGUCGUUUGCGUCGGGCGACUCACCUGGAGAAUACUCCACGAGACACCGAUGACGUCUUUACUAGCGACGUGAUUAACGAGAAGGAAGCCGAAGAUGACGAAGUCCAGACUCGCUUGGAGCAUUUCCUGCGUGAGAACAAGUUCCAAAGCAUUGGCAAGGGCCGGGUUCGCGUUCGAAACCGCGGUGCCACAACCUCUGGUGCAACGGCACCAAGGGACGUCGGCCAGCUCUUCUCACCCCCUUCCUCUCUGAUCUCUUCCCAAGCCGAGGAGACCACCCCUGUCGCCGAACCCCCUGUCAAUCAAUUUUUGAACCUCGCCGGGGAGAACAUCAAACGACUGGGUUCGCCCUUCAAGGCUGAGACCGGGUUCAAGCGUCGGGAAGCACCCGGAAGGUUCAUCCGACAUGCACCCUCGCUGUCGGAACCCUUUGCCAAUGGCGGCAUCGCGCCGUAUGCCGGCCAAUUGACCAGCCUGUCUCCAGCCCAGGAGCAGGAAAAACCUGCAGCACCGAUGCUGCAGAACCCCUUCGAGGAGGGUCUGUCAGAUGCCGAGCGUAUUCGUCGGCAGAUUCAGAACAUGUCCUCCCUGCGCCAGUAA